CGGGGAGACUAGGGAGGCUGUUGCAAAGUAUGUAAACUGUGAAGGGAUGCCGGUAGAAGCUAAGGAUGUGAUAAUGACUGGUGGAUGCUCGCACGCCCUCGACUUGUGCAUUCAAGUGAUCGCCAACCGUGGCCAGAACAUUCUCGUCCCCAAGCCUGGCUUCUCGAUCUACAAGACGCUCGCCAAUUCCCUCGGCAUCCACUGUAAAUACUACAGCCUGCUGCCGGACAAGGACUGGCAGGUUGACCUUGAAGACCUCGAGUCGCAGAUCGACGGCCUCACCGCCGCCAUUGUCGUCAACAACCCGUCGAACCCGUGCGGCUCCGUCUUCACGCGGCGCCAUCUGGAGGAGAUUCUGCAAGUCGCAGAGGAUAACUACGUGCCGAUUAUAGCAGACGAGAUUUACGCGCAUUUCGUGUUUUCGGGGCACGAGUUUUAUCCGAUAGCAAGUCUGACAACGAAGGUCCCUGUUCUGUCUUGCGGUGGACUAACUAAAAGGUUUCUGAUCCCUGGGUGGAGGAUGGGCUGGAUCACGAUCCAUGACAGAAACGAUAUAUUCAAAGAGGUGCGACUGGGCCUGACCGCACUGACUCAGAGGAUUCUGGGCCCCAACUCUCUUGUGCAGGCCGCCAUUCCGAAAAUACUCACGCAAAUACCGCAGAAGUACUUUGACGACACCCUGGCCAUUCUCCAGAGAAAUGCAGAGAUCGGUUACAAUGCUCUCUGCAACGUUCCUGGUCUGAAACCAGUGAUGCCAGCCGGUGCAAUGUACAUGAUGGUGGGACUGGAGAUGGAUAGAUUCCCUGCGUUUGGGAAUGACCUGGAGUUCACUGAGAAGAUGGUGGAGGAGCAAUCGGUUUUCUGCCUGCCGACACAGUGCUUUGCCUACUCCAACUACUUUCGCAUCGUCCUAACUGUGCCAGAGGAGAAGCUGGUAGAGGCGUGCGAGAGAAUCACAGAGUUCUGUCACAACCACUACACGCAUGGAGACGAGGUGAACGGGGAGGCAAGCAUAUACGGACUGAAAGACAUCGGCAGCAUAGAAUGAGCGUCUGCAAGAUCUGCCUCUCGCUUCUCUCCAUCGAUGUUACUACUAGUGCCGAGUAUUAAACUUUAUGACGCGGCUCGAAGGUAUGUGCGAAGGGGACGCUUGAUUCGUCGCUUCUGUGCGCAGACCGCACUACCCCAGGGCUGUUUCACCAGCUUAUGGUUAGAUGCAAUAGGGUUAGCGUGAAUUUAUCACGUGUUUAUACCCUUGUCUAUUUUCUGCGUGAGUAUAUCCAAAAUAUUGCAAGCUCGUGUGCAUGCCAGUGUUGUUUUAUGCUGUCAGUUCCAGUUAGUGGUAGGGAAACGGUAUCGGUAGCACUUUCAGUAGCAGGGUCCAUCACGUGCCUUAGAAUACACUGUACAUAGUAAGGCAUUAACCACUAUAUGUCAGGACUGAAUACAUACAGACAAGUUCGUUUUUCAUUCACUCCUGGCUACACUAUUAAUACCAUGCUCUGGCUGUGUGGUUAAGUUUGAAAUGAUCUGUCAUUACUGCACUUUUUUGUUGGUUUCAUUAGUAUGUUUUCUAGAAAUUUAUGUUGAAUGAUGAAACGCACACAGCUUCAUUGGCUAAGGGUAGAGCAGCUCCAUAUUUGUCUCAUGUUGAACCUUUGGGUUUAGGCUCAGGUUCAAUUUAAUGGAGUUUUGGUAUCACCAUGAACACACACACACACACACACACACACACACACACACACACACACACA